GCUUCAGUGUUUCUGAGUUCCGGUUGGAGAGAUGCUGCUGUGCUGAACAACAAGAUAAAUCCGGCUUAACAUCCAGUAAAGAUGAACCGAGUCCCGCUGAGUAAUCAGUGAAAUGUUUAAACUGAAGACAGCUGACACUCAACACUAAACUCUGUGGACCUGUGUUCAGUGACCUGUGGACCUGUGGCUUAGUGGACCUGUGGCUUAGUGGACCUGUGGCUUAGUGGACCUGUGGCUUAGUGGACCUGUGGCUUAGUGGACCUGUGGCUCUGUGGACCUGUGGCUCAGUGGACCUGUGGCUCAGUGGACCUGUGGCUUAGUGGACCUGUGGCCUGUGGCUUAGUGGACCUGUGGCUUAGUGGACCUGUGGCUUAGUGGACCUGUGGCUCUGUGGACCUGUGGCUUAGUGGACCUGUGGCUUAGUGGACCUGUGGCUUAGUGGACCUGUGGCUCUGUGGCUUAGUGGACCUGUGGCUUAGUGGACCUGUGGCUCUGUUGGACUUUGUCACAAUGAGACGACUUUUAACACGAAUCAUAAACCGGGUUCUGCUGACCGAGCCGCUCACACCGAGGAUGGGACAGGACGCAGAGAUACACACACAAGGCCGCAGGACACUGGUUGUGGGCCUGGGUAACCCGGGGAUGGAGGGUACCAGACACAGCGUGGGCAUGGCGGUGCUCGGCUCCCUCGCCGCCCGGCUCGGCGUGGCUGAGCGUUGGCGCGGCGACAAGCACGUGUCCGGUGAGGUCAUCGUGUCGGAGGUGCAGCAGACGCACGUGGUGCUGCUCCGUCCCAGGCUGCUGAUGAACAUCAACGGGGUGUCAGUGGCCAAAGCAGCUGGAAAAUAUGGAAUCAGACCUGAAGACAUCCUGCUGGUUCACGACGACCUGGACAAACCUCUGGGGAAGAUCUCCAUCAAACAAGGAGGAAGUGCCAGAGGUCAUAAUGGCGUCCGCUCCUGUGUCGACUGUCUGCAGACCGAUGUGA